UGACCAUGAAUCUAGGCGACAGAAGCCACAAUGAGCUAUUGUUCAUCAAUUUCAACCAAGACUUUAGCUGUAUAUCCUUAGGUUCAAAGCGAGGAUACAGAAUAUAUAAUUGCGACCCAUUUGGCAAAUGCUACUCCAAGUCUGAGGGCGGUACUGGCAUUGUCGAAAUGUUGUUCUGUACUUCACUUGUUGCAUUGGUUGGCGCUGGGGAUGAGCCUACAUUCUCCCCGAGACAUUUACAAAUCAUCAAUACAAAGAGAGAGUCCACCAUUUGCGAACUCAGCUUUCCUACCUCAAUCCUGGCUGUGAAAAUGAAUAGGCGCCGACUGAUUGUCGUUUUGGAAGAACAAAUAUUUGUAUAUGAUAUCAGCAACAUGAAACUUCUUCACACAAUCGAAACUAGUCGCAAUCCUGAUGCCAUCUGUGCACUGUCGCCUUCUAGUGAAAACUGUUACAUUGCAUAUCCUUCUCGUUCAUCCCCAAUCUCUCCUUUUGAAACCAACCAGCAAACCACUCAGUCUUUCUGUACUACUGGUGAUGUCGAAAUCUUUGAUGCUAGUACACUUACCUUGGUGAAUAUCGUGCAGGCCCAUAAGAGUCGUAUAAGCUGUAUCACCAUGAAUGCAGAUGGCACUUUGUUGGCAACAGCAAGUGAAAAGGGUACUGUUGUUCGCGUAUUUUCGAUCCCAGAUGCCAACAAGGUUUACCAGUUUAGACGUGGAUCUUACUCUGCAACCAUAUAUUCAAUGUCAUUCAAUCUUGUGAGCUCUCUCUUAUGUGUCUCCAGUGACACCGAGACAGUGCAUAUUUUUAAACUUGCACCUGGCACUUUACCAAACUCAAAUGGAAAUGGAAACGGAAAUGUUUUGAAUGGUAACAGUAAUGGAGGAUACAAUACAAUUUCAACCAACAGCAACAACAACAAUUCCAACAACAAUUCCAACAAUAAUUCCAACUCAAACGGUCAAAAUGGAGCUGAACAGAGAGGCCGAAGUGCAAGUGUUGGACAAAUGUUGCGAAGGUCUUCUCUCCAUUUCGGCCGUGGAAUUGCUGGUAGCGUUGGUUCAUACUUACCAGAGAUGAUAACCGAGAUUUGGGAACCAUCCCGUCAUUUUGCUUCACUUAAAUUACCAAGCGCGGGUGUGCGUAGUUUGGUGGCUCUGAGCAGUACUACUCCACAAGUAAUGGUAAUCACAUCAGAAGGCUAUUUUUACCAAUACAACAUUGAUCUGGAGAAUGGUGGUGAAUGUGUACUCUUGAAGCAAAACAGUUUAUUGGAAGUAGGAGAUGGUUCGGAAGGGGAUAUUCCUGAAUAGUAUUCUCAUUUGAUAUGUAUAUAUCUUUUUAUUAUUAUUAUUAUUUUGCAGAGUAACAUUUCUUCUUCUAAUUCUUUAGUUCCCCUCACCCACAAUUUUGUUUUUUUUUAAAAAAAAAACUUCUUAUAUUUCCUUCCCUUGUCUCUUGCUUGUAAGCAAUAUCUAAUCAAUGAUACACAAUUAUUUUGAACAUGC